CACAGAUGACGAGACAACGAUCGCGCUUGCUUGUAGCUACCCAUGUGGCCAGGGACGAAGAGAACGGGAACACCCGAGAGAUCGUCCCGCGCAAACUUCAUGUCGACGCGGUAGAGUUGAUACUUGGGGUGUGAGGGGACCGAACGCCACGUUACAGGUGUGUACACGGGCCACGACCACGUCAUCUCGCAUGCAGACUCAUAGUUCUUGGUAGACACCACGUCGGCUACAUACAAGCCCGUUAACAGGACGCUCAAGAGCGUCAGCAACGGCAGCAGCAGCCGAUGCGAUGACAUGCUUGCUGACUUUGAUAAUGGUACACGUGGAGCUGUACGUCGUGUAUGUAUACGUCACAGUCUGAAGAUAACGAAUCAGAAGGCGAAACAUGGAUAGCGACACAAAAUAUAUCGAUACAUACCGGUACUUAAAGUGAUCAUACGUCUUUUGUCAAUGGAGUUUUUCUAGCCUUGACAUUCUCUAUGACACUUCUUCGUACAAGAUGAAGGUUACGAUUAAGCGGUGGCAUGGCGUGGCGACGUGGAAGUGGGGCGUGGACGAGGAGUGCUGUGGCAUCUGUCGCUACGCUUUUGAAGCAUGUUGUCCGGAGUGCACCAUGCCGGGUGAUGGCUGUCCGCCUGUGUGGGGUGCGUGCAACCACGCCUUCCACAUGCACUGCCUCGUGAAGUGGCUCGAGUCGCUGCAGUCCAUGCGCCAGCACUGCCCCAUGUGUCGCCAGGACUGGAAGUUCCGUAACUGAAGACAACAACAAAAUCAUCAAGUCUGCGAGCAAUAACAACAAAUAUCUAUUUCGAUUCAUCACCACCAUGUCACUCGUUCUCGUCC